AUGGCAUCCACUGAGAACAUCGAUAUCAACUAUCUGCGAGAAUUCCUUCAUGAACACUCCAUCCGAUCCAAGUAUUACGUCGAGUAUCUCGGCUUUCGGUCCAAUCAUCUUUGUCAUGCAGCGGUUGCACUUUAUGAGCUAAAGGCCUCCAAGGAGUAUUUCCACUCUUACCUCAAUCAUUAUCAGAAAAGGCUGGAGGCUAAAGAAAACAGUCCGACCCAUCACAGUCAAAAGGAUGCGGAUCUUGAUUCCCUGGGAGUUCCUGAACUUUUAGGAAGGAGGAAGAACUAUUACCAAAUAUUGGAACAUUUUGACUCCCUAACUACCGGGAGUGAUCCUCUCUCUUGGGAGGAACUGGUGAAGAGAGAGUUCACCGAACUGGCCUUAGGCAUAGCCGGAUCCGCCUUUCAUCCACUUAUUCACAUCGGUUAUGGCAUCGCUAUUGAGGAUAGUCCGAGCAUUUGUGAAGGUUUGGCUUACCUUCAUCACUCUUACUUGCCCAUUUCCGAGUCUCUUGGUCCAAGUGUGGAAACUUUCGGCCAAGGAGAUAGAAGUUUCCCAACAAUUUUGACAGACGUGAGGCAAGACAUGUGUUUAAACAACUGGUUAAAGGAGACGAAGAACUCGGUGGAGUUUGCCGAGCCUGGUGUUGGCCAAUUUCAACAGGCCUUGAUUCAACUCUUUAAGCACAAAUCCCAAGAGGUCUUAGGUUACGCUGAACACCUUCAAUUGCCCGGUGAUUUACCACCUGCCACUUUGAUGACUUGGGUUUUGGAACAGAUUCUGAUAGUGUACACGGGAUCCACUCCUCGGAACGAUUUCUUUCUUCUUCAUGGGAUCACGUCUUGCUGGGCUUUACGGAACAUUGUUCCCUUACUGACCCCAUCGAAGUUGAAGCAAAUAUUGCGAUAUUACGUCGUGGCAUUGAUUUCGACUUACUUAGCAUGUGGAUGCCCGACCAUUAACAUGGAUCUAGUUGAAAAGGUCCCUGAUGUGGAACACACUGAAUGGAAAGACAUCAAGAAGAAAAUGUUCCAAAUCCCUGUGGAGCAACUAGAUGAGCACAUUCUCAAGGUGGUCCACAUUUGUAACGAAUUGAAAUCGUCUGUGGCCGCCGAUGCCUCGGUUUUCAAGCGUGCUUGCUUGUGUUCCAUGGAUUUCCCUCUGUCCUUUAAUGGACCAUAG